AUGCCAGACCUCAUGCCAUGUCUCGAUUAUUGCGGCACACACAGACUGAGCGCCAUCAAAGACACGGGUUGGGAACCCGAAAUGCUCAAGGAAAUAUUCUCACUGGUUGUUGACCGUCUUCAAAAUCGUCGCGUGGUUUGCUUUGUCGACGCAUUGGAUGAAUGCCCUGAGGAUGACGUCCGUGACAUGAUUUCUUUGUUUGAGGAGCUCAGGCUUCAGCUUGUCUUGGAGAAAGAGCAGGAUCACGGAGACGAUAUCCGCCUUUACAUCGAUUCUCAGCUAAAAAUUGAGAAUACACCGCAGGCCGAUGAUAUAAAGGCAGAAAUAUUACGCAAAUCCUCCGGUAUAUUUCUCUGGGUCGCUUUAGUUAUUCCGAUGCUUAAUAAAGAACACGAUCGAGGUCGAACGAAAGCCUUGAAACGAAGACUCGACGAAAUCCCUGCUGGCUUACGUGACCUGUUUAUUGAUAUCCUCACAAGAGAUUGCAACAAUGUCGAUGAAAUGGUCCUUUGCGUUCAGUUGAUCCUAUUUGCGAAGCGGCCCCUCAGUCCCCAGGAACUGUAUGUUGCUCUACUGACUGGAUUUGAUGAUCAGCCUCAAGACCCAUUUAACGCCGCGGAGGUGACGGCAGAGGUUCUAAGAAAGUUCAUUCUGGACGUAUCGAAAGGAUUAGCUGAGAUCACAAAGUCCAUGCCACCAACCGUUCAGUUCAUCCACGAGUCAGUGCGGGACUUCCUGCUCAAAGAAAGUGGAGUAAACAAGCUGUCAAAUGGAGAGAAGAAUAUUGAAGCCUAG